UCGCAGCGGUGAGAAACUUGUGGCUGUUUUUUCUUCACACUGACUGCUGGAGGAGCGGAACCAUAAACAUCCUGCAACACAUCAAGACGUCACAAGUACACGCAGCAAAACAACCCGCUGCUCCUCAUCAUGGCACUGGAUGGAUGUGGCCUCGUCUGCAAAUAUACCCUCUUCAUAUUCAACCUCAUCUUUGCGUUGGUGGGGUUUGCCUUUUUGGGUAUCGGCCUGUGGCUGAGGUUCAGCAAUGGCACCAGAGGCAUCUUUCAAAUAGAGGCCCUCAACUCGAGCGUAUUUGUGAUGGCUGUGACUGUCCUGAUAGCUCUCGGCUCAGUGAUGCUGAUCGUGGUGGCGUUCGGAGACUACGGCGCCUGCAAUGGGAAAAGAUGUGCUCUGCAAGUGUUCUCUGUCCUUCUGACCAUCCUAGCGUUGGCUGAAGUUGCUGUCGGAGUGAUUGGUUAUUCCAAUAAAGAUGCGGUUCGACUGAACAUUGUGGAGUUUUACACUAGCAUGUAUGUUCUGUAUGGGACUAGCGGAGGAGACCCGGUCAUUGGUGCCACUCUCACAUUCAUCCACAGUAUGCUUCACUGCUGUGGACUGACCGGGGUACCGCUGGUAGAGUUGGUUAAACACACCUGUCCCGAACCGGACGGUUUCUUGGAGCAUUUCAAGAUGGAUAGUUGUCCUGAAGCCAUCCUAAGUGUCUUUGAGAGUAAAGCUGAACUGGUGAUGGGCAUCUUCGUUGGAACUGGAGCUCUUUUGGUCAUAGCUCUGAUUUGCAGCAUAAUCCUCAACAGAAAGCUACGUCUGUCUGAAUCACCUGCUCAGUACAUCAUCCUGACUCAGUCCACUUCUGUCCUGGGUAAUCCUAUCCCUCAGCACGGAUUUGUCUCCACCUCCUACCCCUACCCAGUCGUCUCCACUGCCUACCCUAACCCUGACCCAGUCGUCUCCACCCCCUACCCAGUCGUCUCCACCCCCUACCCUGACCCAGUCGUCUCCACUGCCUACCCUAAAGCUGACGUCUCCACCCCCUAACCCUGACCCAGUCGUCUUCACCCCUCUCUCUGCGGCUAACAUCCCUUUGGCUUAGUCCUAGUGCGCUCUUGUUGGUUUUCACUCCCACUCCGUCUUGAUUUGAUUCCAUGACGCUCUAGCAUAGAGAAUACACAUCU